GAAAUUAUAACAAACUAAACUUAUUACAAUGGCCCCACCUAAAGCUGAAAAGAAACCUGCUUCCAAAGCCCCAGCUGAAAAGAAACCAGCUGCUAAAAAGACCGCUUCCUCUGAUGCCGGUAAGAAGAGAACUAAGGCCAGAAAGGAAACUUACUCAUCAUAUAUCUACAAGGUCUUGAAGCAAACCCAUCCAGACACUGGUAUUUCCCAAAAGGCCAUGUCUAUAAUGAACUCCUUUGUCAAUGAUAUCUUUGAAAGAAUUGCCAGUGAAGCUUCCAAGUUGGCUGCAUACAACAAGAAAUCUACCAUUUCUGCUAGAGAAAUUCAAACCGCUGUCAGAUUGAUCUUACCUGGUGAAUUGGCCAAGCACGCUGUUUCCGAAGGUACCAGAGCUGUUACUAAGUACUCUUCUGCUUCCAACUAAGGGUGAUCUGUUCUUUCUACUUCAUUUCUGUUUAUUAUUAUUUUAGUUUAUAUCUUUUAUAGGUUGAAAGUGUACAUUAGUUUUUUCAAAUAAAUAUUAACUUCUAUUUACAUUGAAGCUCUUGCUGCUCGUCAUCUUCGUCAUGAUCGUAAAAUAUUAACAAUAACACACAGCAUAACAAGUUCAUUAAAUGAUGUAACCAAUAGGUAUGUCGUCCUCCAUAUAACACGGCGUACAUAAUAACAUAAGCCAAAUACCACAGCAAAACCUUGACAUAUCUUGGUUUAACUCUCGGUAAUUUCAACAAACUAUUUGUUUGCACGAAUAAAACAAUUGGCACUAUCGAUAACAAAUUAUGAUGGGAGCUGAAUGGAGUUUUCCAAUUGACUGCCAAAUUAUGAAUGUAAACAAUGACAAUAGGGAUGUUUAUCGGUAAGAUCCAUAACAUAAGUAAAAGUAUUGACAAUUGAUAAUUCAAGUCUUGUCUCUGUUUCCAAUUCUUAACCACAUUCAUGGCUUGUAUAACACAACACAUAGCAUAUCCAAUUUGAUAAGGUAAAUAAGUCGAUAUCGACCCGAUUAAAAGCAAUGUCGCAAUGACACGACGAUACUUGCUCGAGCCUCUGCUUGCUCUGACUGGGAUUAUGUCAACCACAUAAUGUAUGAGUGCUCCUAAGAUCCUAAGUACCAAAUAUGUAAUUAUAAUCAAAAAAUUAGCAAUUAAAUACAAGAUAAUCCCAACUAACGUAAACCCUUCAUCUAAUCCCAAAUAGAACGAAUUUAAUUUAAAAUCAGGAUGUAAACUUAAAUUAAUCUCAUUGAAAUCUUGUAUAACCACAGGGUCAAUGAAGUUUAACACAUGUUGAACAAACGGAAUAGUAACAAUUGGUUGAAUCAUAAUCAAAACAGUAAGAAGAAUCCACCAUCCACGGCGAUGAAUCAUGGCAAUCACAUUGAUAAACGAAGGAAACGUCUUUCCACUGCCAUAACUUCUAAAUUGGAAUAAUAUAACCAUACUAAUAAUUGCCACAAUCAUGGACACAAUAGAUAUUCUAUAUCUCAAUACCAAUAAUCGUAAACUAGACACCAAAUCAAUGGAAAUGUUAACUGUCAAAGGGGCGUCCCGUCCAGUCACAUCACUCCAUAAUUGAAUAUUAAUCGCAUGACUGUAACUCUCACUCUUAACUUUAAAUGGUACAAACGGUGCUAU